GGGAAGCACAGAGAAAUACUAUCUCUGAAAACAAAACAAAACAAAAAACUCGGGUUGUUUUUAAAUUUUCAAGUAUUUGUUUAGUUAGUUCUGACAGUCAACUUUCAAAGUUUUCUAAAUUCUAAUAUAAGCUAUGACAUUAUUUUAGAAUAUCUUGUUCUUGUUUUCAAUAUAAAUAAAAACAAGGGUGUUCAAUUCAUGUAGCUCUCAUAGGAGACUUAUCAUAGAGCACUACCACAAGCAUACCAAAUUCUGCUCCUGUUUAAAGAAUACUCCAUUUUGAAGAAUACUUAUGAUUACUAUAGAGUUUUAGAGAUGGUAAUUGUAAUUGUUUUAUUACUUUUUAAAUAUUUGUUUUUAUCUUACAUGCAUAUGCCAUUUUAAAGCCUUAGCAGAUUACUUAAUAAAAAUGAAAAUCAGUUCAUCUUUGGAUGCAGUAGAUGUUGACAGGCGUCCUUCUAACUGCCAUCUCUAUCAGUGAGCUACCAUGGUUUUUUGUUGGAAAAAUCACUUUGGAGAGAUACAAACUUUCAGGUUUUUCUUUUCUGCCUAUGGGAUAUAUUUAUUGUUUGUAAAAGUUCUAAGAGAUUCUGUAAGUUCAAUUUCUUUCUAAAAACUUUAAUGUUAUUUAUAGAGCUAGAGAUAGCCUUUUUGUAAGUAAAAUGAUAAAUUUAAUAUUUUAUAGAAAAUCCCACUAUUCCUUUUUUCUGUUUUACUUUCUUGUCUGUGCAUUUUCACUACACUUAUCAUCUGAAGCUAGUGAAGUAUUCUUAUUCCAAGGGCGAAGAGGCAAUUAAAAUAUCUCAUAAUUACAUGCUUAUUAUGUCCCCAAACAUCCAGAUUUUAAGAACUUAGGUAAAAAGCCAUAUCUUAUGCUUUCCUUAAUUUUAGAAAUUGAAAUGCUUCCGUUAGAACUACAUUUACAAAGAAUAACCAUUAGAAAACUCCAAUGCAAUGAAUCUUUUGUGGGUACUUCACAGAGUGCAGGGCUAGGAAUCUAUAAAACAACAACAGAUUUCUUGGAAAUGAUCAGAGAUUUAGCGAUAAGGCCACUGGAGGAAUUCCAAUCAACAUACAUCUGAUUGAAUGCAAUGUAAAGCAACACAGUGAAUUCUUGAAGAACUGACUUCUGAUGUAAACUUGGAGGGUAACAUUUUCAUGGAUAGAAAUGAAGUAGAAGAAAACUUGGACAGAAGGUAUUUAGAAAGAGAUGGUGCCUUUUCUAUAAAAUGUGACUCACGCUGGAAAGCAGUCAGAGACAAUAUGAAGAAGAUUGGCCACAGUGCCUUUGAUGUGAGUCUGAGGUCUUCAUACUUGUUAAAGAGAAAUCAAAUGUGCCUGAGGUCUCAGUAGACAUUGUACUCAUAAGUACAACAAUUAUGAUAUAUAAAAUGGGAAGGGUCUAGAAAAACUUUAAAUAUUGUAUACAAGGGAAAACCAGUAAUAGUUUGCAAAUACUUAUAAAUUUGGAGAAUAAAUAAAGUAUGGAAAUUGAGAUGUUCAAAUGUUUAUAUUUGGGGGUGAAUACUGAAAUUUAUUUUGAAUUUUUUGAGACACGGUCUCACUGUGUAGCCCUAGCUGUUCUGGAAUUAGCUAUGCAGACCAGGCUGUCCUUGAAUUCACAACAAUCCUCCUGCCUCUGCCUCCCUAGUGCUGAGAUGCAAGGCAUCCAUCAGCAUGCUUGGCUUUGUAGUUACAGAUUUAAACAUGGUUCAAAAGAUAAAGUAGUCUAAAGACAUUGAAACAGACAAGAAUCACAUUAAGAGCAAGAACUACGAAGUGGAUAAAGUCAUGAUUGUGGAAAAUAUUCAUAUUUUGGAGCAACAGGAAGAUCCAAAUCCAGCAAAGACCAGUAGUUGAAAACUAUUAGGAUUUAUAAUGGCUGAGAAACCUACAAAGGAAAAUGUUGUGAGGGGCCUAUUUGGCACAUUACACAUAUAUUUAAUGAAUGGUAGAAAAAAAUACAUGUUCUCAUUUUCCAAGAAUUAGUAAGCAAAAUAGUUUAAGAAAUUUUAUGUUCACUGAUUAUAUCAAGUAGAAAUUUAAUAAGAAUUCACAAGAACACAUGUGAACUUAAGAAAAAUUAGAAUCAUAUGCUAAUAUAGAAUAAUGUAUUCAAGGGAUCAGCUACCAUUGAAUAAAUUUCUUUCACAAACAUGUGUGGAAGGUAGUUUAUACCUGUGAUAUCCAAAUCAUUCCCAGGUCAAAAUACAUAUUACAGAGUAAUGUUAACAUGUUACUGCUAAACCAGUAUUUAAAAUAUUGAGAAGAAACCUUUUUCCUUAUGAAGAGACCUCACUGAAACUAAAUUUCUGUAAAGAGACAGAAGAUCGUACGUUCACUUUUAACGCUAAGGAUCUACUAUUCAAGAAUGAAAAAUUAAAAGAAAAUAUUUAUGUGAUGAAAGAACCCAAAUAUUGCCAGAUUAAGUUAAAUUUCUGUAAGGAGACAGAAGAUAAACUUACAUACACUUGUACCGCUAAAGAUCUACUAUUCAAGAAUUAAAAAAUGAAAAGAAAAUAUUUAUGUUAUGAAAGAACCCAACUAUUGCCCAGGUUAAGUUAAAUCUUUGGAAUCAUUACCCUUUGGAGCCGCAUGAUGUCGCUGUCUAUCAAGUUCUGGCUAGCCAAGAUCCCAAGACGUUCCAGCAGCAGUAUGUCUCCUAAAAGCUGAACAAUGGCAGUUGCAGAUCGACUGGAUUAAAGAAUUCCUAACGCACAACAGUUGAUCUUUAUAUCAAAACCGGAUUUUCUCAAAAGAACAAAACGAAUACUUGACAUGGUGUUUUCUUGGCGAGGAGGUCCGGAUUCCCGGCGGCUGCUGCUCUCGCUCCUGCUGUUCACAAUCUGGGCACCUGGGAGCGGCCAGCUCCACUACUCCGUCCCCGAGGAGGCCAAACACGGCACCUUCGUGGGCCGCAUCGCUCAGGACCUGGGGCUGGAGCUGGCGGAGCUGGUGCCCCGCCUGUUCAGGGUGGCGUCCAAGGACCGCGGGGACCUUCUGGAGGUAAAUCUGCAGAAUGGCAUUUUGUUUGUGAAUUCUCGGAUCGACCGGGAGGCUCUGUGCGGGCGGAGCGCGGAGUGUAGCAUCCAUUUGGAGGUGAUCGUGGACCGGCCGCUGCAGGUUUUUCACGUGGAGGUGGAGGUGAGGGACAUUAAUGACAACCCGCCCGUGUUCCCGGUAAAAGAACAAAAGCUACCUAUUUCAGAAUCCAGAAUGUUAGACUCUCGGUUUCUGCUAGAGGGCGCAUCCGAUGCAGAUAUUGGAGCCAAUUCAAUUGUAACCUAUAGACUUGACUCUAAUGAUUACUUCACGCUAGUUGUGAGUUCAAAGAACGAAGAAAAUAAACAGGUUGAGCUAAUAUUAAGAAAAUCCUUGGACAGAGAGGAUGCUCCUGAGCAUAAGCUGCUGCUGACAGCCACGGAUGGAGGCAAACCUGAGCUCACAGGCUCUGUUCAGCUGCUGGUCACUGUGCUGGAUGUGAACGAUAACGCCCCUACUUUCCAGCAGUCUGAGUAUGAAGUGAGAAUAUUGGAAAACUCAGACAACGGAACGACGGUUGUUAGACUGAAUGCUUCGGACAGGGACGAAGGGACGAAUUCAGCAAUUUCUUAUUCCUUUAAUAGGCUGGUUCCACUCAUGGUUCUUGAGAAGUUUAGCAUAGAUACAGAUACAGGAGAAAUCGUAAUUCAAGGGAACUUGGAUUUUGAGCAAGUCAAUGUCUACAAAAUCCGCGUAGACGCGACAGACAAAGGACAUCCUCCGAUGGCGGGUCAUUGCACUGUUCUGGUGAAGGUGCUGGAUGAAAAUGACAAUGUGCCUGAGAUCACAUUGACUUCCUUAUCGCUGCCUGUUCGGGAGGACGCUGCACUGGGUACUGUCAUUGCUCUGGUUAGCGUUUCGGACCUGGACUCAGGUGUCAACGGGCAGGUGACCUGCUCCCUGACUCCUCAAGUCCCCUUCAAGCUGGUGUCCACCUUCAAGAAUUACUAUUCGCUCGUGCUGGACAGUGCCCUGGACCAAGAGACCAUUGCUAACUACCACGUGGUUGUGACUGCCCGGGACGGGGGCUUGCCCUCGCUGUGGGCCACAGCCACUGUGUCCGUGGAGGUGGCUGACGUCAACGACAACGCGCCCACGUUCGCGCAGCCCGAAUACACGGUGUUCGUGAAGGAGAACAACCCGCCUGGCGCGCACAUCUUCACGGUGUCGGCCAUGGACGCUGACGCGCAGGAGAACGCGCUGGUGUCCUACUCGCUGGUGGAGAGGAGGGUGGGCGAGCGCUUGCUGUCCAGCUAUGUGUCUGUGCACGCGGAGAGCGGCAAGGUGUUCGCGCUGCAGCCUCUGGACCAUGAGGAGCUGGAGCUGCUGCAGUUCCAGGUGAGCGCGCGGGAUGCUGGUGUGCCUGUCCUGGGCAGCAAUGUGACUCUGCAGGUGUUUGUGCUGGAUGAGAACGACAAUGCUCCUGCUUUGCUUUUGGCUGGUACUGAAGGCUUGGGUAAUGUGGCAACCGACACGAUACUUAGGUCUGUGAGCGCGGGUCAGGUGGUCGCAAAAGUGCGGGCGGUGGACUCAGACUCUGGCUACAAUGCGUGGUUGUCCUAUGAGUUGCAACCCUCAGUGGGCCCUCGCAGCCCAUUCCGUGUUGGGCUGUACACGGGUGAAAUCAGUACUACGCGUGCCCUGGAUGAGUUGGAUCCACCCAGACAGCGCCUGUUAGUAUUGGUGAAAGACCAUGGUGAGCCAGCUCUAACUUCCACAGCUACCAUUCUAGUGUCACUGGUUGAGAGUAGCCAGGCGCCAAAGGCCUCUUCUCAGGCUUCAGGACGCGCUUCAGUCUCAGAGGCGUCACUAGUGGAUGUCAACGUGUACCUGAUCAUCGCCAUCUGCGUGGUGUCCAGCCUGUUGGUGCUCACGCUGCUGCUGUACACCGCGCUGCGGUGCUCGGCGACGCCCACGGAGGGCACGUGCGGGCCGGGGAAGCCCGUGCUGGUGUGCUCCAGCGCGGUGGGGACCUGGUCAUACUCUCAGCAGAGGCGGCAGAGGGUGUGCUCUGGAGAGGGUCCGCCCAAGACCGACCUCAUGGCUUUCAGCCCAAGUCUUCCACCGCGUCCAGGUUCAGAGGUCAUUGGGGAAGGGCAAGAUUUAAAUGUUGAUCAUGGCUUUCAAGUAAGUCCAUUUAUAUUUAGAAGCACUUAAUUUGUAGAAACGUUGUAAUUACAUUCAUGGUAUUUCACAUUUGUGUGUUUUUGGCAAAAGUCAACGUUCUUUUAGUUUAAAAUAAUUUUACCUGGUUUAUUAUGGUUGUUGG